AUGUCCGCCGAAUACCAAGGUCAAGACCCCAUCGCGCUAGCCAAGAAGGCCGAAGCAGACCUCAACACCCUCUCCGCGAAAGGAAACACAACGGCCCAAACCGCCGGCGUCUCCGAUUCCACCCGAGAAUCCGGCAUCGACACCAGCGCAACAUCCAAAUUCCCCGGCGCGACCGCCUCCCUCAAAACCCGCGACGAGAUCCCGCCCGAAGAAGGCGGCGGCAUCCUCCCCAGCGGCAAGCCGACGCAAGCGAGUGAUUUCGAGGGCGUAGGCGGGCCGGAGGAUAAGGCCAGGAUUGCGAGGGAGGAGCGAGGGGGCGAUGAUGAUGUGAGGGGGAAUGUGAGGCAGGGUGGGGAGACGGUGAGGCCGCCGAAUGCUGUGAGUAAUGAGAGUAGGGGUGGGGAGGGACAUCGUGCUGUUUGA